GGGGCGCAGGGUAGAGCCCCGCGGCCCUGUCUUACUGCCCGGGAACUCCCGGGCCCUCCCGGAGCCCCGCGGAGUUCCCGCCGUCCGUCUGGCGGGCUCAGGGAGCGAGUGGGAGCGCCCUCCCCCCGCUGCCCCCUCCGCCGAGCGUCGAGACAAGAUGCUGCCCGGGCUCGGGCGCCUGCUGCAAGGUCCCGCCUCCGCCUGCCUCCUGCUGAUGCUCCUGGCCCCGCCCCCAGCAGCCCCCAGCUGCCCCAUGCUCUGUACCUGCUACUCGGCCCCGCCCACCGUGAGCUGCCAGGCCAACAACUUCUCCUCCGUGCCGCUGUUUCUGCCGCCCGGCACCCAGCGACUCUUCCUCCAGAACAACCUCAUCCGCACGCUGCGGCCCGGCACCUUCGGGCCCAACCUGCUCACCCUGUGGCUCUUCUCCAACAACCUCUCCACGAUCUACCCGGGCACCUUCCGCCACCUGCAGGCCCUGGAGGAGCUGGACCUCGGGGACAACCGGCACCUGCGCUCUCUGGAUCCCGACACCUUCCAGGGCCUGGAGCGGCUGCAGUCGCUGCAUCUGUACCGCUGUCAGCUCAGCAGCCUGCCUGGCAACAUCUUCCGCGGCCUGGUCAGCCUGCAGUACCUCUACCUCCAGGAGAACAGCCUGCUCCAUCUACAGGAUGACCUGUUUGCGGACCUGGCCAACCUGAGCCACCUCUUCCUGCACGGGAACCGCCUGCGGCUGCUGACUGAGCACGUGUUCCGCGGCCUGGGCGGCCUGGACCGGCUGCUGCUCCACGGAAACCGGCUGCAAGGCGUGCACCGCGCGGCCUUUCGCGGCCUCAGCCGCCUCACCAUCCUCUACCUGUUCAACAACAGCCUGGCUUCGCUGCCCGGCGAGGCGCUGGCCGACCUGCCGGCGCUCGAGUUCCUGCGGCUCGACGACUACUGGGGGGGCUCUGGGGGUGAAGACCAGCGGGGGGAGCAGACGUGCCCCGGCGCCGCCUGCCAAGCGCCCCCGGACUCCCGCGGCCCCGCGCUCUCGGCCGGGCUCCCCACCCCUCUGCUUUGCCUCCUGCUCCUGGCGCCCCACCACCUCUGACUGCGGGGCUGAGACUGCAGAGGCCUGGGCGCCCGCCCCAAGUCCAGUCCCAAUCCCCGCCCCUGGCCUUGCUGCCUUUCUUCCCCUCCCGGGUCCUCUCUCCCCUGGGACCAGGCCACCUCGUCCUGCCUCCUGGGCUGCUGGCUUAAGGCAGCGCCGAGAGGGCGUGUCCGGUGGCUCAGCUCGAUUCUCCCCAACUCUGGCCCUUAACUCGUUCCCAUCCCAAGGCUGGAGGGGUGGGGCGCCCCGGGCAGCCGCUGACCCCUUCUCCCAGCGCCCACAGCGGACUCGAGAGGAGCUGUUGUCUGCGAAGCAUCUUCCACCAGCCGAGCCUUCGGGAGCUCCGGCAAGGAGCCCCGCGCAGGAGCCCCGUGGAGGGAUGCGCAGUUGGGCCGGGCGGACCCCGGGCCCUUGCUUCUCCUAGACCCCCUCAA